UGAUUGGAAAUUCAAAUGCAGAUAACCGAAAAAUACCACUUAGAAAAAACUGGCAAGUUUGGAUUCGAUUACAAAUGCACCCGCCUCCAACCUAUCGGUAUCAGCUGUUUGGAGCCAAAGCAAAACAAAGGGAAUGCCGAACUAACAACAAUGUUUUUGUUCAUCAGCCGUCCCACGCGGACGCUGGGCAACCGCAUGCAGGCGGUUCGCGAGCGUCUUGGUGCGGAUUUAGCAGACAGACUGGACGAACUGCAUCGAAAUGUGAUGAGGACUGGUCUGGUGUCUACGCAAGAGCUGGAGGAAGCGUUCCGCAAAACACGGGACAUGGACCAUAACCCGAACCGGUUGAAUCUGCUCUGGCUGCUGGGCAUCGUCUUUUUCAUCAUGGUGGCGACUCCGGUCUUCUAUGAAACCAUCUCGUUCCUGCUGGGUGUGCGCUGCUUUCUGCCCAACAACUACUUGGUUUGGGAGGCCACUCGACCCAUCAGCGACUGCGAAUUCUGCAAGGGCGUGAGGGCACCUCUUAUCCUGGACAAUCUCACCAUGGAGGAGUUUGCCCCGCACGCCUACUCUUCGCUGCCUAUUAUUGUCAAGCGGGCGGUGGCCCAUUGGCCAGCCCAAAAGCAACUCAACUUUGCAUACAUCAAGGAUCUGUACGAGAGGGUCCAGGGCGCAAUGGAAUCGGACUGCCAGUUCCUGCAUUUUAACUCUGAUCUCAAGAAGCUGAAGGAUGUGUUUGCCAUGUCAGCAGAGCGUUCAAAUCUGAGCCAGGGUGUGCCCUGGUUCGUAGGCUGGAGCGUCUGCCAGCCGGCUGUCCUGGCGGAGCUCAGAAAACUGUAUCCACGCCCUCAUUUCUUGCCUGUCGAUGCCGAAAUGCCCCACACGGAUUUUAUUUUAAUGGGCUACGAGCAGGGAGCUGUGAUGCAUCUGGACUACAUCCCCCGCUUAAUGUGGCAGGCCCAGCUAAAGGGCAACAAGAGCUGGUUUUUGGCACCCGCCCCCGAGUGUGAUCACCAGUGUCAGCCCUUCUCCUUCUAUGUGGAGCCAGGGGAUGCUGUACUAGUGGAUACGCGCAUCUGGUACCAUGCAAAUACUAUUCCCAAGGGCCAGUUCUCUCUCACCGUUCAGUCCGAGUACGGAUGAUUGCCAUGUUAAAAGUCUGCGAUUAAGAAAUUAAUAAAACCUAUGUUUAUGUUUAGAAAUUAA